AUGGGUCACCCGCUACCGGUCUGCGAAGGUGUACGGCAUGCUGUAGGUUCGGGUAAAAGUUUGUACGAUGUCAAAAGUUCGUAUAUGGUUUUUCAUUUCAAGGUUUAUUUAUUUUGGAUUGCAAAGGCUCAAGCUGGCACUUAUGCAUUUGGCGUUUUCUUGAUGCAGCACUUCGCAAUCGGGCAGUUUUGUUUUGUAUCGUGUGCGAAUGCGAAGCUUGUGCAAAUGCGAUCACCCGCGUCUCCUUUCCCUGUGGUGAUUUUGUCACAAAGAGCGAGAUGCAGUAGAGGCUUCGAUUCAAGGCCCAUAUGUGUCUUGUUGUGCUUGAUGUCGUUUUCUUUUUGUCUGGCCAUCGCCAUCAGUGUAUGUUUCGGGCCUCAGUGGUCGACAGACAGUUGACGAUUUAAAAUUAUGUUGAACUGUUACCCCGACACUCAUUUCUCCGAGUUCAUGUUUUGGAAUUGGAUCGCAACGGAAACGUCGCAAUCGAGCGAGGUUCUCCUUGUCUUGGGAUCUGAUGGACUCGAAUGGCAAAGAAACGAGUAUGAGAUAACGACAACAGCACUGUAGCAUUUAUCGUGAUAAUCCUGAACCUCGACCUGUUAAAGGCCCCUACUUUACAACUCAAGAAGUAGUACAUCUUCUAGGCGGCACGCGCCGACAUUGAUGAUUGCGGCUAAAGCUCAAUCGCGCGAAGAUGCAACGCGGGCACGGCAGUUGCAGUGGACGACACACAUAAAAGAAAGAAGUACGUCGCUGCAAAGAAAACACAAAGAAGAAAAUGUUUCGUGAUUAUUAGCCAUGGAUUUCCGGUAAAACUAAAACUUAAAGCAGAACCAGAAGACGAGAAUUAAAUUCUU